UUUCAGCAUAUAUAUAUUUAAAGGGCUGUCUCUAAAUGUCAACACUGACCGCCGCCUGUGAGCUACCAAUCUCACACAUCCUCCUAGCACCAAGGUACCACAACUGAGGGGUUGUACAAGGUUAUUUAAUCAUCGUCGGACGAAUACUGUUCUAACCCAAUUCCUCUGCUUUCCGGGAGCGGAUUUCUCUUGGAGAAAGGGGGACGAUCGCAAAAGUAGUGCCUGGAUCGUGAGUUUCUAUGUGUUGUCAAGGAAUUCCUUGCCUCUGUCUUUUAGCUGGUAAGGUCAGGAGGAGGCAGGGUGUGCGGCACACAGCCUGUGGCAGUGCGAGAGCCAGUGAUCUGGCAAUCAACUGGACCUGUGAUCUGUGAUGAAACACUGAGUGGCGAACAAAACGGGAGCGUGCGGUGACUGAGGACCAUCUUGAGAGACAGCGACGGCAGGGUAACUGAGGAACAAACGUUGAAGGAGAUCAGGAUCUGAGAUCCGGAGUAGUCAGGACUGAUCAGUCACACCCAGAAAAUAAACCAGGAACCCACGGCUUCCAGUGUCUGGAUGAAUCGGGAGACUUAAGGAGUCCAGUGGGUGUUUGGACGUGAAGGAGGUGAUGUUUAAAAAUCAGAGACCCGGAGGCUGAAGAACUGCUUCAUUCCUCAGAAGACGCUCGAAUUCUUCGGGUACAAAGUGGGUAUUCAGCACUGAAAAGAGUAAGAAACUUCAAAAAUUCAGCUUUUACAUCCAUCUUUAAUGACUCUUAAGCCUAUUAAUUACCAUAAGAAAUAAAGAGGAUCUUGGAGAAUUAACACUUUAAUGAUAUUCUGCUUCAAAAAUGAAUCAAAGUGAUGCAACUACAAUGUCAACCACUUCUUUUAAUACAACACCUGAAAAGAAAUGUGAACAUAACUUCCUGGAUAUGGAAUGCUUCAUGAUUCUGACAGAAGAACAAAGAAAAGUUAUAGCUGCAAUGUGUUUGACAGUGGGGCCUUUUACUAUUUUGGAGAACAUUUUAGUUUUAUGCAUCAUAUUCUUUACUCCACAGCUUCGAAAUCGACCUUCUUAUUUGUUUAUAACUAGCCUUGCAUCUGCUGACCUCUGUGCAAGCAUUAAUUUUGUGUACAGUUUUGUCGAUUUCCAUGUUUUCAAUCGUAAGGAUGAAAAUUAUGUUUUCUUAUUUAAGCUUGGAUGUGUCAUUGCAUCAUUCUCAGCUUCUGUGGGCAGUUUGCUGCUCACUGCCAUUGACAGGUACAUAUGCAUUCAUAAGCCAUCUGAAUACAGGACAAUUUUAACGAGGCAAAAAGCAGUGACCUGCCUUCUGUUCAUGUGGUCAAUUGCUGUUUUUAUCGCUUUUCUUCCUUUGAUGGGAUGGAAUUGCGUUAAAUUACAAUGUAAAUGCUCUGAGCUAUUUCCUCUUGUAGUUGAAAGCUAUUUAGCUUGCUGGACUAUAUUCAUAACUUUCCUGUUAGUGUUAAUAAUUUAUGCGUAUAUACAUAUUCUGUGGAAAGCCCACGUUCAUUCAACCUACAUGGAGAAACAAAAAGAAGGAAGGAAAGGACAUGACAAAGUGAGCCGCACACGUAUGGACAUUAGACUUGCCAAAACAUUGGGUCUAAUAUUAAUAAUGCUGAUAGUUUGUUGGUCUCCAGUCUUGACUCUGAUGAUAUAUGAUGUAUUUGGCAAGGUAAACAAAGGCACCAAAAAGGUAUUUGCUUUUUGUAGUAUGCUGUGUUUGUUAAAUUCUACAGUAAAUCCCAUAAUUUAUGCCCUAAGAAGCAAAGAUAUGCGGACUGUAUUGUUAAAUAUCUUGUCGCGGCAAAAGAGACAGCUGCCAUCUCUAGAAGGCAGCAUAGAGUCAGAUGGACAUUUCAAAAACAACAACACAAUUGUGACCAUCUCCUCAUCAGCUGACCAAUGCAACCAUGCCAAUUCAAAGAAUGGUCACUGAAUGAUUCAAAUCAUCACCCGAAUAAUAAACAUUCAGCCUGAAAUAACUCCAUAGAGGCCAGUAUCCUGUCACCAAGUCACCCUUUAAUUACAUGUGCAGAGUACUUGACACUGGUCUGGCUUCUUUCAAGCCAGCUCUCUGAGUGAGCAGAACCUCUGACACUCCUGUUUAUAUCUGUCAGCUAGGACUCCCUAACUGGACCUAGUUAACAGCCCCAGUGAUGGAACUCAUAUUCUGUGAGGUCCACCAGGCUGACUUAUUACAAUCACCACACAGGCCAAAUUGUGCACUUCAAAAGAGCUGUGCAGCUAAUUUUAUUGAUUGUGAACAUUGUUACUGGGGAUUUGUUUCAAAGAAAUGGUAUCUCAGGCACAGUUUGGUCCCAUUGCACCAAGCAAUGGCACUUCCAUCUGCAGAUAAAUAGAAUUGUUUCAGUUUCCAUCACUUUGCUUCAGAUAAUUUGGAGAAUUCAAACGUACUGUUUGAGAGCUAUUUAUAGAAAAGAAUAGUGCUAAUAAUUUCUGUGCCAAAUUAGUUAACAUUUUGAAAGCGAACUUUGCAUUAAUUGCUAGUGAAUGAUCUAAAUGUAUGUCCAUGUUUCAUACAUUUACUAUGAUCUUUAAUGUGUAGCACAGUGACAACAGCAGAUUUUCCUUUCUAUAAAUUUGCAAUAACAAGAAACCUGCAGAAAUUAUACCGCUAACGAAAGAAAACAUGAUGAGAAAGAGUAAACAUUACAAAUAUUUUUUAUUGGCAUCAUUGUUCUCAUGUGAAAAAUUGCUAUCUGAUUGCAGUCAAAAAUUUCACACAAUAUUGAAGCAAGGAUACAAUGCAUAAACAUUCCCUUAGGUUUUUGUUAAAUAUUACUUAUAAUGUUAUGAAAAGGGAUUUUAACUUUUUUUUGUAAAUUCUAGAAGCAUUGUUCUUUGUUCUAAUGGCUGAUGCAAGAAAAUAAUGCUCAUGUUUCACGUUUUAGGUUAAAAGUUUCUUGUUUCAUCCUAUAGAUUACUGUAUAUACUUGUUCUAUUGAGCAGUUCAGUCUAUCGGCAUUAUUAACAGCAUCAUUGUGACAGAAUUUAUAGGUUCCACUACAGUUGGCCAGAUAAUGUGUACAUUUGCCAGACCAAGUCAUAACUGACCAUUACUGAUUUGUUAUCUUUUACUUUCUAUUCGUAUUGAAGCUGGUGAAUAGAAUUAGCAUUACUUUAUCACUAUUGAUAAUCUGCAUGCAAUAUUAAAGGACACAAAAUAUUCACUUAGUACCUCACCCAUCUCGUGUGGCUCCACAUAUAGUCAGCCUCUCGAUCUUGAAGGGUCCUGUUCUCUCCAUUGUUACUCUUUUACCCUUAUUGAAAUUGAAAUCAUAUAAUAUAACAUGAAACAAAGAACUGUGGGUGUUUGGAACCUGGAACAAAAACAGAAAUUGCUGGUGAAACUCAGCAGAUCUGGCAGCCGCUAUGGGAAGUGAGCAGAGUUAACACUUCGAGUCCAGUGAUGCUUCAUCAGAACUAUUAGUUCGGAAACUGUAAUAUUUCCUUUGAAUCAUAAAAUCCCUUUGGCCCAUCAAGUCCACACCGACCCUCAGAAGGGCAUCCCACUCAGACCCACCCUCCUAUUCUAUCCCUGUAACCCUGCAUUUCCCAUGGCUAAUCCUCUUAGCCUACACACAAUGGGCAAUUUAGCAUGGCCAAUCCACCUAACCUGCACAUCUUUAGACUGUGAGAGGAAUUCGGAGUACCCAGAGGAAACCCAGGCAGACAAGAGGAGAAUGUCUCUAGACAAGGUGGAGUCGGGCAUUGUAAGGCAGCACUGCUAACCACUGAGCUGCCAUGCUGCCUGAAGGUGAGGUUGAAGGUUGGAGAAAGGGGAUAAGUGAGCAGACAGGUGGGGACGGAGAUCAUAGAGAGAGAGCUACAAAAGGGGUAAGAUUAAAAGGAGAUUAUGGAUAGCAAGACGAUAGAGAAGAAAACUGUUUAAGUGAUGACAAGAGCUAAGACUAGGAGAGAAUGUGCUGUGUUGAAAACAUCCCAUAUAAUGUGAUAAUAGGCUGAGGAGUAUGUGAGAAUGAGUGACUGCUAAAAGCAACUCAUGUCAUAACAGCACUGGGUAUGCAGUGGGUAAAAAAAAUUCUAAGACAGAUUCAGGCUCUAAAGUUAUUGAACUUGAUGUUGAAUCCUGGAGACUGUCAGGUCUCCAAGAAGAAAAUGAGAUGUAGAUCUUUGAGCUGAUGCUGAGGUUCGCUGGAAUACGCCAGCAGGCCUGCCACAGCACUGUUGGCAAGGGAACACAAUGGUGUGUUGAAGUGGCAGGCAACAGGAAGCUUGGGGUCAUUUUUGUAGAGAGAUUGUAAGUGUUCUAUAAAACAGUCACCCAGUCUGCAAUUUGUCUCCCCAGUGUGAGGAGACCACAAUGUGAACAGUGAAUAUAAUGGACUAGUUUGAACUAAAGUCAAGAUCUGUCCAAAGAGUUACUUUGAAAAG